UUCCACAAGCGCAGAUCAACUGGGUGAUUAGCAACCCUGAGACGGCGCGGCGUUGUGAAAUUGCUCCGAUGUUCGAUCAGGCUUAUCCCACUAGGUCGAUCUCUCAGCUCACUAUUCACGAAUUCAAUCCGGUGGUAGAUAGUGGAGUGACUGUGAAGGCUGUGGCGAGGACUGUGGAUGAGGAGCUCGAGACGACGUGUGAGCUUCGAGCUCCAGAGGAGAGGGAGAAGCCGAAGAGGUUUAUUGCCGAGUUCACGCACAGCUUGCAGCCGCACCUGGAGGUACAGGAGACACACAAGGUUAUUUUGGAGUGCAGCGUGCAGGCGCCGGAGGGUCCGGUGGAAUUCAAGUGGUACCGCAGUGGAAUAGAGAUUUCUCCGGAGGUGUUUAGGGAGAUAACGAUUGAGAGGAGUGCAAGUCGCUCAAUUCUCACCAUUGAGCGUGUUGAGAAGAAGCACGAAGGACCAGUGACGGUAGAGGUGACAUAUCCGCAGGGCGAAAAAUUGGUGAGCACUUGCGACCUCCAUGUGGUGCCCCAGCAACCACUGACCGAGGUUGUGCUUCAGCCCGAGGAGAAGACACCUGCAAGUGUGCCACUUCGUCUUGUUCAGCCUCUUCAACCAAGAGUUGAGCCCGUUGCAGGGGAAGACGUGGUGUUGACAGCAUCGGUUGAAGCCGUGCCACAGGCAGAAAUCACCUGGACAAUAAGCAGUCCGGAGACAGCUAAGCGCAGUGAGAUAGUGCCUUUGGUAGAUCAAGCGCACCCAACGCGCACGACAUCGCAGUUGACAGUGCAUGAUUUCACACCACAAGUCGAUGAAAGUGUGGUUGUACAGGCGAUCGCUAGGACGCCGACGGAAGAGUUGGUUACAAGUUAUGAGCUUCACGAGAGAAGGCCAACAAUCAGUGAAGUUGUGAUAGAAACUGGACCAAUGCCGACGGCGCCGGCUGAUAGGCCACAGGAGGUGGUUAGUAGAGUUCCCUUGCGAUUUGUUCAACCAUUGCAACCGACAGUGGCACCGAGCAUUGGUGAG